ACGGAUCCAAGCCAGGUCCCGCAUCGGUAGCCCACCACACAAGCCUGUCCAGCACGAGGUCUGCCGCUGCCAAAUCGUUACAGAUUCCAUCCUGGGACCACCUGCUACUUUCUGUGUGCUGAGGGUGCCCACCGUCCUCGAUUGCGGUCGAUGGCUUGCAGGCUAGACUCUGGACUACCUUUGCCUGCUCGCUCUUUCGUCUUGCUUUCUUUUUCCCUCCUGCGAAUGCCCUGCCCGUCAUUGCCCAUCUUAUGCGUCGUCUUAAGUCAGUGCAACCCCGCGAUCUACAAUCUCAGGGCUUCCUCACAUUCCGUCAUGCUGUUGGACUCUUGUCCAUACACUUCCAUCUGACCUAUCACUUCUUUCUUUUUCCCUUCCAAACCCUCUCUCCGGAGCCCGGCGAGAGCGACUGUCUUCUUGUUUAUAAUUGCUCCAUUUAUCAAGUUCUUGACUCGUAUCAUUUACAGCGUGCCUCGUUUCAACCACUUGUGCAACGCGCAUGUUUGAUUGCUGGUUGACCGCAAAUCGCAUAGCAAUCGUUCUCUUUACCACCGGUUCCGGUUGGUUCCCCCAUUAAUUUCAGUGCCAGUUUGAAGAUAGGGAACUUCGUAAUUCCACGAAGGAAAUAACAGGAUAUAUGCGCAACGCAAUCAGUCGACAUAGGAGGGCGAAGAAGCGACCUCUUUCGUUGACCAUGUUCUUCUUCUAGACAACACUCCAACCACCUUUUUUGUUACACUGCUUUCUUACCAGGACCUACAGCAUUUGAGAAAAAUUUGCUGUGUAUGUGUGUGUGUGUGUUUUGCAUGUGCUAGUUCAGUUCAAAGUGGCGCAUGCGUCUACCCGAUUCUCUGCAGCUUCAUUUCAUCAUGGUCGCACAGGAGGAUGGCUUAAACAACAAGAAUGAUGAGGUCACGCAGCAAAGGAAGAGCAUAGUGGCAGCUGCAAUUCGACGGGGAACGGUCAAAAUCAGCGAGCCCAUUCUGUGGGUCGAAGGUGUGCCCUCGAACUCGCAGCCCGCCGCAGCCGCUGUGGAACCGCAAGGACCUGCUGUUGAAACAUCAACUAAAGAAACGGAGGAGGGAGACAAGAUCCAUGGCCUGGCUAUAUCCACCGAUGAACCCACAUCUGUUGUUAGAAUAUCUGGAGAUGGGCCAACCGUAAGCCAAGCGCAAUUGCCACCACCAAAUGCUAUCCGUGAGACCAUAGAGUCGCGGGUUUCAUACGCCCCGGCUGAAUCUCUGGAUCAGAAGUCAGAGCACAAACGAAGCAUCUUUGUGGAAGACGACAUGGACAGUCCCAGACAAACUGCCGCGGAGAAGAAGAGAGCACGCCGAAGUGGCACGUUGAGGACAGUUUUGCGAAGCGUCUUUGGCCGCAAGAAGAAGACGCAGUCAAAGCAUAUUUCACCACCGCCCUCACGGUCAACAGUGAAGCAUGAAUAUUCUCGAAGCGACCCUCUGCCUGGUUCAAGAUCGAAGACACCGUCAGCCAUCCAGCCAGGCCGUAGCAUCAGUAGUCAAAAUGCGAGACAAACACUCAACGAAGAUGAGCUUGACGUCCGCAGUACUCCCGUUCAACAAAUGCUCCCGUUUCCAAUGAACGUCAACGCUCCCCAGCCUGAGUCACCAUCAAAAGAACGAAGGAUUGCCAACUACCUGUCUUUCGAGACGAGUCCGAAGGUGCAUCGGCGCAGAGCAACCCUAUCCAGCAUGAUCAUCUCACCUGAGGACAACACCGUCUUACACAAGAUGUGGAGCACCACGGAUCUUGCACCAAUUAACUCUGCGAGUGAGACUUCACCUCUGGAUAGCAUCGAGCAGCCCGGCACGCCAAUUGGUGUUGCUGUUUCGGGCAGCAUCGCCAAUCCGAAUCGUCGGUCACGUAGCGCGGGUGCUCUUCACGAGCUUGCCAAGAAACAGGCGCAGGAUACGCAUGUUAGGAGGCUUAGCUCUGAGAUCAAAUAUUGGCGCGCAAGCCACAUCGCUUCGCUACAAGACGAUGCCAGGGAACGGAAGACUCAGCCACAAGAAGAUCUUGAGACUCCAGUCCUUACUAGUCCAAGAGCCAGUUCUAUCGAGCCGCCGCAAACAGAGGUCUCUGAAGUAUUUGCAGAAACAGGAUCAUCAAUUCACGAGGGACAUCUUGAGCCAAUCGAAUAUGGCUCUGAAGCAUCUGAACUAGCGCCAGCAGAUAAAGGCGAUGGUUUGGUAGAGCAGCGAUUACUGCAGCUCGAAUCUAGCAUGCGCAGGUUAUCCGUUUCCGUGUCUGAGUACGCUGCAAAGGUUGAGGCACCGAAAGAGCGCGAAUUCGCACUAAAGCCGGCACCACGAACCAACACCCCGCAGGUUGUUUUUCAAGCACCUGCUUCUGGACGGCAGGCUUACACCGAAAAUGAAUCUGUGAUGGAGGGACCACAGAAGAACCCCUCUAUGCGUUUUGCACAGCCGUCUCGUGCUGUACCAUCGCCCUCGCCGUCCAAGGGGUCCUAUCAACACAGCUACGUCUCCUCAACGACGACUCUCCAACCUCUUGGACACUACUCUGCCGGCCCCUCAAGUGUGCAGUCCGCACCACAAUCAUCGUCUCCAUCAGUCCCAAACACGCAAUACGUCACCCAGAACGCAUUACAGGAGCAUUUUGUACCCCUCUAUAACGCCCUCCGAUAUGAGCGGCAAAUUCGUAAGGCGCUUGAGACGCAAGUUGCACAGCUUCGCAAUGACGUGAUUGAUCUAAGUGCCAUGGUAGCGCAGUUGCGCAAACAAUCUGCUUAUAUGCAGACGAAUGGGAGCAGUCCCGGUGGAUCGUCGGUAAAAGCCUUUGGAUUCGAUGUUAACGAGAGGAGCAGGUUCAGUGGAUACGAUAGCAGUGACGCGGAAGGGGAUGCGCCAAGACUCAGCCCACAAGAGCAGUGGACGACGCCACGUGAAGAGCAAAGCAGGCAGUGGGGCAGCACUGUUGAAGGAGACAUGUUUUAGAAGCUACUGAUCAGUUGCUUGUUGUUGACUCCAUUCUUACUGGAUAAGCAGCGUGAGGAGUGGUAGAUACAAGGCUGGAAGGCACAUGAUACAGCGUUAUUAUGUGUAUUUGUCUAGAUACCCCCACACCAACGACUGGAGCAGUUUUUGUAAUAAUACGAGCAAGACUCGAAACUGGGAAGCUUAUUGAGGCGUACCUUUGACCUAUCUGGAGGCAAUUGACCAGUGUUAUUGUAAUACGUACGAGAUCAAAUUGAACAAGCAAUCGAUUCCAGAAAAU